AUGCCAACGCGAAAUAUCCUCAUUACCGGAGCGUCCGGGUAUCUUGGUGGGACGGUCGUCGCCCAACUCAGCAACGCGAACCUACCAUCCCAUGGAAAGAUUUUUGCGUUGGUUCGAAAUGGCAGCCAAGCGAAAGCUGUCAAAACAUAUGGAUUAGAGGCUAUAAGCUUUGAUCCAUACGAUAAGGUUGCUGUCGAGGAAAACAUUAUCCGCCAUCAGAUAUCGAUUGUGUACUGGUUGAUCGAUGCUUCAAGCUCAGCAGCUCAGCAACAUUUCAUCGGAGCUUUAUCCAAGCUCAAGCAGGAAACCGACCAAUCCGUCCAUUUCUUACAUACAAGCGGGGCAAAGAUCUUCUCGGGACUUGCUGGCACUCCUACGGACCGAACCAUCCUGGACAGCGAUCCUAGCCUACACGCAAUACAGAAAGGGCAGCAAGCUCCAUAUGCUUUGCUACAAAAGGCUGUCGAUGCGAACAAUGACGUUAUUAAGCUAGCAGAAGCUCAAGGGGUUCAAAGCUACAUAUUUGUCCCUUGCAUCGUCUACGGCAAAGGCCGGGGUUUUGGGAACCCUAUAUCUAUCCAAACUGUUGCUAUUGUCAAGGCCGCAGUGGCAUCUAAGAGGGUCUACAGAGUCGACAGUGACCAUCCGAUCUGGCCAGUCUCUCAUGUUGAUGAUACAGCCGCUCUCUACCUCGACAUUCUCAAAAAGAUCUUGGCAGAGGAGAAUGUUGAAUCUGGACCGAACGGAUACUACCUUGCUGCAUCGGGAAGUGUGGCUUGGGAUGACAUAUAUGAUGCCUUCGCCGUAUCGCUCGCGAAACGAGGCAUUAUUGAGGACUCUCUAGUCACUCUUGCUGAUGAUGCGGUCCUGGAGAAGAUGGCGAAGGGUCUGGGCUCUCCAAAAGAAUUCGUACCCGUUCAGCUGGGUGGAAAUUGCACAUUCACAGCAAAGCACGGAGAGAGUGUAGGGUGGAGUCCCAAGUUCUCAUCGAAUCAUAUUCUUGAGACUGCAGAUGCAGAGGUUGAACUGAUUCUUCAACACCUAUAG